AUGGGAAACCAAUGUACAGGGAUUGACGAUUUUUAAGGACAAUAGUUUGCCCCAAAUAUAUCAGUUUAAGAUGAAGUGUUUGUUGAAGGAAGAGUUCCUAUUGUUGGUUAGAAUCCUAGCAGAUUUAAUGACGAUGAUAUGAUAGUAAUCAUCAUUCUAUAACUUUUAGACAGUGUAUUAGUCGAGCAAUAAUAAAUUAAAUUAUGGGAGAAAUUCUCUAGGACAAGGGUACAUGACAGCCUAGAAGUAUGAUCUCAGAGACAACAUCUCUAUUUAAGCAUCUUCAUAGGUAUAGAUGAUUCUAUAAAAAUUAGGGAUUGAGAAAUUAAGGAAAUGUUGCUCUAAUGAUAACUAUUAAAAGCAAUGACAUCUUGAUGAUCAAUUAAAGAGGUCAAGAGUGUCCAAGAUAAGGAAUUGACUUGGUAUUUGAAAAUUUAUAAUUUAGGUUUGUUUAAUUGAUCAUAGUGGUAGUAUGCAAGGAGAAAAAAUAAAGCUGGUUAGAAAAACUUUAAAAUAAAUGCUAACAUUCCUAUAGCCAUGUGAUAGAUUAAGUUUGAUAAUGUUUGAUUGCAGAGUUUACAGAUUGACAAGGUUGAUGAGGGUGACAAAAGAAAAUAUUUAAAAAUUUAGAAUAGCAAUAUCAUCUCUUUAAGCAAGAGGUGGAACUGACAUAGGGAAUGGUAUGAAGAUGGCUUUAUCGAUUUUAAAGCAUAGAAAAUACAAGAAUCCUGUAUCUGCAAUAUUUUUGUUAUCAGAUGGAGUGGAUGAAGGAGCUGAAGAGAGAGUGAGAGAUGAUUUAUACUAAUAUAACAUACGUGAUUCAUUUACAAUCAAAACAUUUGGUUUUGGAAGAGAUUGUUGUCCAAAGAUAAUGUCAGAAAUUGCUCAUUAUAAAGAAGGAUAAUUUUAUUUUGUUCCUAAUCUCACUAAUAUUGAUGAAUGUUUUGCUGAAGCCUUGGGUGGUUUAGUUUCAGUUGUAGCCAACCAUGUUCAAUUAUCAGUUUAACCCAUGAAUUCAAAUAAAAUCUAAAUUAAGAAGGCUUAUGGAGAUAAAUGGGCUUAUGAUUCUUGGAAGGGAGCCUUCACUCUUUAUUAACCGCAUUUGUUAUCUGGAGUUAGAAAAGAUUACAUUUUUGAAGUGGCUGAUUACAAAGCUUCUUGUAAGCAGGAAGUCAGAGUUCUGUUAUAAGCUGAUCCAGUUGAGGGUGGAGACAAAGUUACUAUCGAAUAAAUUAUUGAAAUUAAGAAUUCAGAUUUAUAAAAUGAGGUUCUUCCUAAUUAUUAUAGAGUCAAAGGUGCAGAAUGCUUUGAGUAAGCAAGAAUUUAUGCAGAAUAAGGGUAAUAUUAAGCAAGUUAGCAAAUUCUCCAAAAUAUUAACUAAGAAAUCAAAUUGCAAAAUUUCAAUGACCCAAAUCUGUAAGUAGUUUAAACUGAUAUUGAGAUGGCUCGUAACUUUUGUUACCCAGGGUAAAAUAUAAAUAUAAUUAUUUUAGCCAAUUUGAAAAUGAAGGUAGACAUCACAUGCACCAAUUACAUAUUGUUCAUAUGUAUCAAAAAUCCAGAGGAGUUCAAAUCAAUCAAAAUUAGGAUGGUCAAAUUAUCAGUCUAGAUUGUCAAUAUUAAAAUAAUUUAUAAAAAUAAUUUAAGGAUUAAACUAGAUAAAUAAAGUAAAAUGACCCUAACUAUUGGAAUGAUUGUUGA